ACAACACGGUGGGGUCCUAUACAAAUGUACCCGCGGUUCUAGCACCGCGUUCUGCAAAAUUCGGGAUGUGCUGAGAGCGGAGUGCAGUCUCCGACCCGCCGGAUACGACAGCAAUCACGGAGAUCGCCGACUAGUUUGGCAUGUCCGUGCUGUUCCCCACUAAAAAAUUCGGGGUGCGCUGAGCGUGGAGUCCGGACCCGAAGCAACCAGCGAUGACUGUAAUGACGGAUAUCACCGACUGGUUAAUCAGUUUGCCCGUCUUCACACGCUGCUGGUUCGGCUUGUCCGUGCUGUUCCCCAUUCUCAGCCGCCUUGGGCUGGUGGACCCUCAGUAUUUAGUACUCAGUUACGUCGACUUCGUCAAAGGCCUUCAGAUAUGGCGGCCAGUCACAGCCAUGUUCAUCUACCCAGUGAAUUUCCACUACCUGGAGAAUCUUUACAUCCUGUGCACGUACUCCACACCCUUGGAAACAGGCCAUUUUGGUGGGCACCCGGCACAUUACCUCUUCAUGCUACUUUUCAACUGGAUCUGCAUAGUUAUUGUCGCCCUCCUGUUAGACCUGCUUCUCCUCAUGGACCCCAUGGUGCUGAGUGUCCUCUACGUCUGGUGUCAGCUCCACGAAAACGUCAUCGUCAACUUCUGGUUUGGCACUCAAUUCAGGGCCAUCUACAUUCCUUGGGUCUUGUUUGUGCUUAACUUGAUGAUCAGUGGCGGGGGCCUGUAUGAGCUCAUCGGCAUCCUGGUGGGACACCUCUCAUAUGUCCUGUUCACGUAACUGCAACUCUCGGUGCUACAGAUGUUGCGCGAUGCUCAUGCGAAGGGAUUGUUUACGUGAUUGAAAUGGUGAUGGCUUCAGCUAUUUAACCCUACUAAAGCCAAAGGUAGUCUUUUCGAAACAAGGAAUACAAAAAAUUGAAACACUCAA